CAUCUUCUCGAGAAUCUUUGGGUCUUGGCCACUUCUCAAGAUCAUCUCCUCAAUCAAGGGCGUGCGGACCCAAUCUGGAUGCGCAAUCGUAGUCUUGACACCCGACGCCUUGUACCAGAUCUUCAGGUCGCUCGUAAGACCCUCAUGGAACGCCAACGCCGCGGUCUUGAUUGCCACAUAGUCCGCGUUAGCCGAGUUUGUCAGAAACGAGUUGACGCUCGCGACCAUAUCCGGCACAAACUGCUGAACUAGCCGUCAGUGGGCAAAGAUGUUCGUGUCGAAGAUACAGCUGAGAAACUCGCUUAGGGUUCUCAAGAUGGUGUGAGAGCCCGUGAUGCCGGCGUUGUUGAUGAGAAUUGAGGGAUGGCCAAGGCCAUUGCGGAUGUUAUCGGCUGUUUACGCUAUCACUGUAGGGCUGGAGACGUCGCAACGAAAGUACGUCAGCAAUUCGUUUGAUGCGAAUGCCUCAGGCGCAUCCUAUACAUCGAGCACUGCCACGCGAAUGCCGUGCGAAGUGAGAGCCUCCACGAUGGCCUUGUCAAUCCCGCUACAUCCUCCUGUAACAAUCACGAUCUCAGAGGGUCAGUUCCAACCCUGGCUUGCGCGUAUCUGCCAGUUAUUUGUCGCCUAUAAAUUUAGAGCUGCAUUGUUUUUUCUGACUACUCCGAUGGUAGGUAGAAACCCCGGUACACAGAGCAAAUUGCAUUCAUCAACGACAUGCGAGAGGGAUGUUGCUUCCAAGGCGUUUAUGCAUGUCUGCUCUGGGAUGUAUAGCACCAAGCCAAGUAGAGGGCCAGUGAUGAUUGGUUCGAAGGCACAUUUGGCGAUGAUGGGUAGCCCUUUGAGAAGAAGGUCCAUGAAGAUAGACAUGAAUUGUUUUCGCAGUUCGGUCAUAAGAGGGAGACGACUACCAGAACAACGACAUGUCCAACCAUUCUGAGCUAGAGUGUUAUGAUCUGAGCCGGUGGCUGGGGUAAAGGCAUCACAACAAGGCCGCGAAUCAGUACCUUACCGUUGUACGGCAAAGCUUACCGCAGCGUUUAUAUAUAGCUCUAUCCGAAGUCGUUCCGUUAGCUUCAUCCGGUUU